AUGAGUAUGUUUCGAGGGAGUGUCAGACUUUUACUGAAUAAAAACCUCCCUCCACCACCUCCACCGCCGUGUCCUCAGGGAAGUGAUCGGCGGCGGCGAUCUCUCGCGCUUGUCCUCACUCGAGGCCAUGGUGCGGAGCGAGAGGAACUGGACGCCGUCUCCUACUUCUGUGAAACAGUUAUGGUCGCAAAGACCGAGCGACGAUCUCCGGCCACCGUAUGA